UCUCCUGUGUAUCUGUCAGGCUACGGAGUCGAGGAGGAGAAGUUAGCUGAAAAUAUGGGAGAUAAACGUCUAAACCAGGACUGAGCUGCACUAAAUAACCCUGCGAGUGAAGUUUAGAGUUUGUAGAGUCUCUGCUGGCUCAGGGUUUUACUGUUUAGUAUCGGGUUUAAACAAUAAAGCCAGGCUUCCUCUUCUCGUUUCUCCACUAAACUCAGAGUUUCAGCUACAGCAUGCAGAUAGCAGUGCUUCCAGACGCAGGCAGGACAGUUUUACAGGCUGUUCAGGACAAUCCAGGCUCAUAUUCCCACAGCAGGCUGGCCUGGAACGACCACAGGAUACCACCACCACCAUCCCCUUCCUCCUUUAACUCCAGCAUUGGGGGUCGAGCAGCAGUCAGCAGGCUGAAGCCCACCCCUGGUCUUUGUUCCAGUGGCCCUGUGGAGAAGACCCUGCACCAGGAGAAGCGUGGAGCUUCCUCAGCUGGGGAAGUGGAGAAGUUAAAGCCGCAGUCAGCUGGACCUCCACAUCAGCAGAACUCCUCGAUGGAUCUGAUAACUGAGCAGUACCUGUGUGGUCAGUGGCCACGAGAGCUUCAUCAUCAUCAUCAGCCCCAGCGCACCUGCAUGACCGAUAAAGCCACACAGACCCCUGUUUUUUGGUCAGAUGAUCUGGAAGGCCUGUCGAUACAGAAGCGUUCAGCAUCCUGGUCCAGUGCUGAACACCGUGAAGAGAUCGCAAAACUGUGUCACCAGCUCAGGAGAAGUGUGCUGGGAUUUCAUCGAAACAAAGAAUCACCAGAAUCACCAUCACUGUCUUUAUGCAGCCAAGUGCAGACUAAACUACCUCCUGCCUCCUCGACCAGCAUGAGCGUCACAAAGCCAGCAGUGUGUAGAGUGAGCAGUUAUAACGACAGCAUUAACCGUGAGCUCGAGAGUGUGUUCCUCAGCGACACCUGCAGGCAGCAAGAAAGGGAGUUACAGGAUGGGCGCUGUGCUCCGGUUCCUCCUCAUCAGAACAGUGAUACUCACACACAGAGUACAGAUGCACAGCUUUCAAUCAGUGACCAUCACUGUCCACACCUUUUCCCUUCUGCUGCUGAUGCCCCACAUGGAACAGAACUCUUCACCAGCAGGUCUGAGUGUGGUGAAGGCUGUGACUAUGUAAAUGAGAGCAGCUCACCGCUGCCCCCACUGGCCAGUUCCCCCAAACCCAACAACAGCUUCAUCUUUAAACGGGUUCCUCCUGAAGGCUGUGAGAAGAUCAAGGUCUUUGAGGAGACUUUCUCUUGUAGGUCUAGAGGAUUCCCGGUCUUCUCCUGCCCUGACCGGAACAAAGUGAGCUUCAUCCCGACCGGCUCUGGACCGUUCUGUCCCGUCAGACAGCCGGGUUCCUCCCUCUGUCCCUCAGACUGUAGACCUGUCUCUCAGAACGCUCAGCCCACAGGGCAGUUAAAACAGACUGGAGGACAGGACGUCCCGCCUUCACACUGCUUCAGCUCAUACAGGACUCAACACUACUAAUCAAUCAGUCAAUCAACCAACCAAUCAGGGACCACGAUCAGCAGUGAGGUGUAUGGAUUUCUCCUAGUGUGUGUAUUUCUCAUACUUAAGUACUUAUAAUACUUAAGGAAGCAAUGCAGCUACUGUGUUUGAACGGUGAACUGUCUGAUAUGUCAUUAUACACUGACAUACCAAAUGUCAGUAGAUGUGAUGGAUUCACUAGUCUGUACACAUGGACAAUUCUAGCCAGAAGCUGCCAGUCAUGAUCUUUAACGCUCACUACACUGCGAUAGAGCUUAGAUUCGGCUCCAAAAAUCCAGCCCGACCCGAUCCGCCCUAUAAACUGUUUUUGUGAGCCCAAGCCUGAUUUAAACCUGGCAUUUUUUUUAGUAAGUAAAGCGUUAAAACUGAGUUUUUAAAAGCAUUUUUGGGCUUUUUAAGUAGGUGAAAUCUGUUCAGAAUUAUGUCAAUUAACAUUGCAACACUGAAGAAGCAUAGACCAAUUAUUUAAGAAAAACUUUUAUGCAAUAAUACACAAGAGGGAGUGCUAUAACUGUGUGCUGCUGUCGUAGUGCCAAUAUUACACGUUAUAGCACAAACCUUGAGUGUAUUAUUGCGAUUAAACCACAAUUCCAUUAUUGCUGUUUAUUGAAAGAUUUUGAGUUAAAAAGGACAAGAAAAUACAAUCUGUUUGGUUAUAAAAACUCUCUUGUUGUAGCUGCGCUGUUUGGUUUGUAAGUGCUGCAUUGUUGCUAGGUUAUCUUUAUGUGGCGGAGUAAUACUUUACAUGGGGAACUUCAGUUACAGUUCAUUACCGGCUGAUUAUGGCACCCAUAGAACGCCUCUCAGCCAAUCGUAUUGCAGGUUUUGAACUAACUGUGGUAUAAUUAUAAUAACUGAUCCCCCCAUCUACUCUAAUAUAAUUAACAAUGUUUUAGAAUAUAAAACACUUUUUGAACAAACAAAUUGCUUUUAUUUUAAGCAUAAAGUCUUAGUGCAAAAACAUAUAAAACAACAAUUUUAUUUAAAAAACAGUUUGAUUUGUUACUUUACUAUAUUGUGAUUAUCACACCAUAAUUUUAUGUAAAAUAAAAAUAGCAUUAAAAAACAGACGCCUACAUCACAGACCAUUUUCUUGAGCCCAAACUGAGAUUUCCCACCACUUUUCUCGGGUCGGGCUCAAUAAAAUGGUCUGUGAUGUAGGCGUCUGUUUUUUAAUCAUAUUUUUAUUUUAUAUAAAGCUAUGGUUUGAUAAUCACAAUAUAGUAAAGUAACACAUCAAACUGUGUUUUAAAUAAAAUUGUUGUUUUAUGUGAGAAUCUAAGCUAAGCUUUACGCUGUGCUGUGUAUCCACUGUGGGGGGUAAUAUUAGCCUUGCAUUUCCGGUACACAUGUAAGUGGCCAUUGUUUAGCCUCACUCACAAGAUAACACCUCACAGCUUACACAGGUGUGGGCGUUCUCAAGCCUAACCUUGAGAUAGCAGUACAUGAUCAAUUUACACAGUGCUGUCCCAUGAUUUUUGGCAUUUCUGUGUAAAUCAAACCAUUAUAUACAAAACUCACUGUGAAAACGUUGAAAACAGUGAAUUAUACUUGGAAUUAAUAGGAAGGACAUUUAAAUAUUAGAAAAAAUGCUUAAAAAAAUUCGGAUCCAUUUUUUUUUACAGAAUAAAAAUCCAGAAUCUGUUUUUUGUAUGUUUUCACGCUUUUACUGCUUUUCUAUUAUUUUGUUUUAUUUUUAUUUUUUUUUUAAUCUGGAAUGCACAUGUUGUUGAGUGGAUUUUUUCAGCUAUAAAUAAGAAAUUGAAUGAAUGUGAAUAGACAACUCAGAAAAAAAACAUACUUUAAACAUUUUUUAUUACUUAGACAUACAUGCGUUUUAUAUGUUCACAUUUAUUUAUGUGUAACUGGUACAACUUUACCUGGAUGAUACAAAAAGCAAUAGUACAAGACAAAAAAUAGCUAGCUUAUUUUUAUUUUACCUAUAACUGUAUUCUGUUUAAAAUGCAUCUGAAACAGUGUUUUGAUGGUGCUGGAAUAUUAAACUAAAGUUUAUUUAGAUAAAUAGAGUCUUUAUCUGUGUUUAUUUCGAUGUCCUUAAUCAAAAGGGGAGGAAAUGGUGAGAAAAUAACAACCUGUCAACAGCAUAAUCCAGUGUUAAUCACUGAAGGUGUGCUUUAGAAAUCUGAUCAAAAUGAGGACCCCCAUUAAAGGAGAACUCUGGGGUAAAAUUGACUUGCGGAGUCUAUGUAUAUAUGUCUAUGUCAUAAUCAGUACAGUGAUGGCGGCGCCCGGAGCUGAAGCUAGCAUUAUAGGAUGUAAACAGUGGUUUUUAAUAAGCUUCUUGUGCACUUUUUAAGUUAUUAAUGCCUCGUGGAGCUACUUUGAGCCUGGAUAAGGGUGUGAAAAGUGUUUUAUCAGGGGCAAAAUAUGCCCCAAAGCGCCUGUUGUAAAGAGUGCUGGGCAAAAAGAACAAAAUUACUGGAUUUCAGAAAAGGUUAGUACUCUUGUAUCAUGUUUUACUACACCCAAAGUCAAAGCCAAAGAUUACACCGGAGUUCUCUUUAAAAAACAACAACAAAAAAAACAUAUUUAAGGACGUUGUUGCUGUCCAUUGAAAAACAAGUGUCUCCAUUUUUGUUGAAUUUACUUUUUGCUACAUAAUUUGAACACACACUGUACCUUACACUUUGUCAAAAAAUUUUGAUGAAUGGACCAAUAGAAAUUCUCCAAAAUCACCUGAAAUAAACUAUUUUUACAUUGUCUUC